CAUAACUUCUUGUAAAUAUCUAAGAGAAUGUAUUAUAUUUAUAGUAUCUAUUGACUAUUCGCGACCUUUGUUCACGACACAUGUAUAUCUGUUGUGUAUGUACCUUAUUACAGUUAUAUUACUUUUUUUUUAUAUUCUGAAUAUGUACUGAAUGCUACUAUUUUUAUUCCGUUUUAAUAUUAAUUACAGUAACUCCGACGUAUUAAUUAGAUUAUAGUGGAUGGGGACGAAGUGUGCUGGUGUUUUACUAUUUCCCUUAAAAAAUUUUUGCCACAAUAAUCUUCGGAAAAUGAGUAUCGACAUUGGAGGCAUGAGAAUUAAAUACAAAGACAAAAAUGAAACAUUUCUGGAAAAACAUUUAGUUUCGAAGGAACCCUUUGGUCAGUUUAAGUCUUGGUUUGAAGAAGCUUGUUCAAGGAAAGAAAUCUUAGAACCAAAUGCCAUGUGUCUUGCCACUGUUUCUCCAGAUGGACACCCAUCAGCAAGAUUUGUUUUGUGUAAAGGAUAUGGCAAGGAUGGAUUUAAGUUCUUUACUAAUUAUGGGAGCAGAAAAGCAAAGGAUAUGGAAGCCAAUCCAAAUGUGGCCGCUACAUUCUACUGGGAAGUCUUAAAUAGAUCAGUCAGGAUUGAAGGUCAAGUUGAAAAGUUGUCUGAAGAAGAAUCAACAAUAUAUUUCCACUCAAGACCAGUGCCCAGUCAGAUUGCUGCAUGUACCAGUUUUCAAAGUACUCCGAUAGAGUCCAGAGAUGUACUGUGUGAGCGUGAAUCAGUCUUGGAGGCGACAUACAUGAUACCUGGCAAAAAUGUACCUAAACCUAGCUUCUGGGGUGGAUACAUAAUUCGGCCUGUAGCUGUAGAAUUCUGGCAGGGCCAGCGGGACCGACUUCACGAUAGAAUCAAAUUCCGGAAGCCUAAAAAUGGGGAAGUUGCAGAUGGAAAACUUUUGCAUGAAGGUGAAGAUGGGUGGGUCUUUGAGAGACUAUCACCUUAGUGUUUUAACACAAUUGGUUAUGUAAACUGUCUUCCAUUAUGUUUUAAGAAUAUAAAUCACAAUUAUUAAACUCAACCUUGUUUAUUAAAGCUAUAUCACAGUU